UAAUCCAAGGUGUGUUAAACGAAGUGAUUUAGAGGAAAGGAGGGAGCUCUCUGAGAAUGAAGACUUUAGCGAUUCUGAAUUGGAUGAUUCUGAGAGUUUGGGUAGCAUUGAUCUAAGCAGAUCAAAGGACAUUUCUGAAGAAGAAAACUUUGGUACGAAGUAUUAUUUCAGGAGGAAGAGGGAGCUGAUUCUCAAAGCUUUGGGGGAGGCCUGAAGAGUACGAUGGAACGACAGAAGGCAACUACAGUUGGGACUCAGGUUCUGUCUUUACUUGCAAGGGAGAUUAACUCCUUAGCCUAGGAAGAACAGGUUAUGGGUUUGGAAAGAAAAGACUCUACUGGAUUGGCUGUAAUGUAUCGCCUAAAGGCAGACAACAGUGGAAGACUAACUCAGUUGCGGAAGUUGACAAAUUGUUGAUCUCCUAUGAAAAAUCUCCUAAGCAGAUCACCACAGGAGAUAGGAUUAGACUUGCCUCCCUAUGCCGGUCCUGUUCCCUUGGAAGAAGCUCAUUUGGUUCCCAACAAUGGAGGUCAGUGCAAGCUAUUUGAAAGUCGAUGGACAAGAAGGGAUGGUUGGAUUAUAAAUUUUGCUUUGGACACUGGUGGAACUCCUGAGAGUGGGGGGCAAGACAGCAUCAACAAUGAAAGUCCUGGUCUUGGCCAGACUCGGCUGGGUAGGAUAGUAACUGCUGGUGGUAGACAGCUAUUGGAGAAGUUGAAUGCAGCUAGAAGGAAUUUUCCCAUGAAAGUUUUUCUCCUCCUGUUGGGUUUCUAUACUGCAAAUGCACUAGCUACCAUUCUAGGACAGACUGGUGACUGGGAUGUAUUGGUUGCUGGUGUUGUCGUUGCUGCCAUUGAGGGGAUUGGCAUGCUUAUGUACAGGAAUCCCCCCUCUUUAUCUACAGGGAGGUUGAAAUCCUUUGUUGUGAUGGUCAAUUACUGGAAAGCUGGUGUUUGCCUGGGUCUUUUUGUUGAUGCCUUCAAAUUAGGGAGUUAAAGCAGGAUUAUUUUUAGAACUUGCAUUUACAAGUUUAAUCUUCCAUGAUGCCUUAUAUAUGAAAGCUAGCUUUGCUUCAUUUCUUUCCUUUUCAUUUAGCUUUUAACCAUUUGUGGUAUAAACAAAAUAAUCAAAAUGUACUUUACCUGCCCAUUCUCUUCCUCUGUCAUAUGGAUAGCAAAAUUUGGUUUAAUCAAGCAAACUUCCUUUAACCUCCAAAACAUACACCACUGUUGAGGUUCUUCUCAUUUUUUUCCUUCUCUCUCUUCCUCUCUCUCUCUCUCUCUCUCUCUAUGGUGAUCUUUCUUACUCUUCUUUGGGAUAGCUUCUCUUUCUGGGCAUUUGAUUUAGCCAAAUUUUCUUUGUUUUCUCUGCGAUCCUUCUCUACUUUCCUUUUUGUGGGCAAUUGUUUAUUAGAUUGGUGUUAAAGCUCAGUCAAAUGUGAAGAUCUACCAUGAAUGUCUUAACCAGAUUGGCCAUGUAUCUUGGACUCUGGAUGUUAUGUUGUCAUUAGGACUUGGUUGAUGGAGCGUUGAAAGGCAUGAAGUUUGUAAAACAGAGGACACUUUAGGGAAUGUAAUUCAACAAGUAUGCACCAUGGCCAUGUAAAGGAACCAGUGCAUGCUUAGUAAUUGUUAUCCAUAUUGUGUUCACCAAACUACUUAAAGAAGAAGCCAAGAAUCAUUGUUUCUCUUGUAUACAGAUGAUUAGUUGCCUUAUAUUGAAAGAGUUCUGCAUUUAGAUACAUAAAUGGGGAGGGGGGCCUUUUUUCAUGGUGCACCAAAUUCAUGUCUGUCCUAUCUUAUGAUCCUUGACGUUGCAAUAUGUUUACCAUGAUAAAGUAUGAUGUUGUUUUCUUA